CAGGUGAGCUCCGACGGCACCUACUCGCUGGCGAGCGAGGCGGUCAAGCCCUUUGAGAUGAUCGGCCAGCGGCUGUACACCGGCCGGAUCGCCGUCGCGCAGGCCGCCCUCUCGUACCGGCGGAAGCUCUUCGAGGACACCAAGGCCUACGCGGACGCAAAGCCGAUCCCGUCCUUCUCGGGCGCGCCGCUCACGCUCUCCUCGAUCCCCCAGCUCGCCUCGCUCUUUGAGGAAGCGGAGGCGACGGCCGGCGCGCUGGAGAAGUACGUGGCGUCUUGCGAGGAGGAGCUGACGCCGCUGCUCCGCAAUGGCGGCGUCCCCCCGGACGACCUCGCCCACCGCAUCGCGACGGCCAAGGUCAAGGCAGUCGAGGCGUCGAUCGACCUCUGCUGGCGGCUCAAGCAGGAGGUCGGCUCGUACGCGCUGAUGGGCGACUCCGGCUUCGGCUCGAUGGACUUUCUCCAGUGCUGCAAGUUCGCCGAGGGCGACAGCCGCGUCCUGAUGCUCAAGAUGGCGAGGGACCGCCUCCGCCGCUACGCAAAGGAGGCGAAGAGCGGCGCCCCGCUCCCCGCCGGCGAGGAGGAGGAGGCGGCGCUCUGCGAGGCCCUCGCCGCGGCCGUCGGAACCGCAAAGGGCGACAAGGCCCUCGAGGCGGCCGCGUGGGACCGCGAGUGGCGCGGGGUGUACGCUCUCGCCGAGAGCAUCAUGAGGCGCACCUUGGAGCCACACGGCCGGUGAGCGGGCCCAUCCAGCGCAGGAAACACUGCACUGAUCUGUCUAAAAGCGAAUCGGAGGUAUUUUGGUUUGAGGGUAGCGGAAGGGAAGUGUGUUUUCUCUUGCAAUCUGUGAGUGCCGUACGGCUUUAACAUCCAAAGUUGCGAGACUU